GUGUGUAAUCUGUUCUGUGAAGGCCUCAGAGUUGUGUUAGAGAACAUUAGUGAACAAACAGCAUCGUGAAGCCCAAGGAACACACCAGACAGGUCAGGGAUAAAGUUGUGGAGAAGUUUAAAGCAGGGUUAGGUUAUAAAAAAAUAUCCCAAGCUUUGAACAUCUCACGAAGCACUGUUCAAUCCAUCAUCCGAAAAUGGAAAGAGUAUGGCACAACUACAAACGUACCAAGACAUGGCCGUCCACCUAAACUGACAGGCCGGGCAAGGAGAGCAUUGAUCAGAGAAGCAGCCAAGAGGCGCAUGGUAACUCUGGAGGAGUUGCAGAAAUCCACAGCUCAGGUGGGAGAAUCUGUCCACAGGACAACUAUUAGUCGUGCACUCCACAAAUCGGGCCUUUAUGGAAGAGUGGCAAGAAGAAAGCCAUUGUUGAAAAAAGCCAUAAGAAAUCCCAUUUGCAGUUUGCCACAAGCCAUGUGGGGGACAUAGCAAACAUGUGGAGGAAGGUGCUCUGGUCAGAUGAGACCAAAAUUGAAGGUUUUUGGCCUAAACGCAAAACGCUAUGUGUGGCGGAAAACUAACACUGCACAUCACCCUGAACACACCAUCCCCACUGUGAAACAUGGUGGUGGCAGCAUCAUGCUGUGGGGAUGUUUUUCUUCAGCAGGGACAGGGAAGCUGGUCAGAGUUGAUGGGAAGAUGGAUGGAGCCAAAUACAGGGCACUCCUGGAAGAAAACCUGUUGGAGUCUGCAAAAGACUUGAGACUGGGGCAGAGGUUCACCUUCCAGCAGGACAACGACUCUAAACAUACAGCCAGAGCUACAAUGGAAUGAUUUAGAUCAAAGCAUAUUCAAAGUCCAGACCUAAAUCCAAUUGAGAAUCUCUGGCAAGACUUGAAAAUUGCUGUUCACAGACGCUCUCCAUCCAACCUUACUGAGCUUGAGCUAUUUUGCAAAGAAGAAUGGGCAAAAAUUUCAGUCUCUAGAUGUGCAAAGCUGGUAGAGACAUACCCCAAAAGACUUGCAGCUGUAAUUGCAGCGAAAGGUGGUUCUACAAAGUAUUGACUCAGGCUGGCUGAAUACUUUUGCACGCCACACUUUUCAGUUUUUUAUUUGUAAAAUAAUUUGAAAACCAUGUAUCAUUUUCCUUCCACUUCACAAUUAUGCACCACUUUGUGUUGGUCUAUCACAUAAAAUCCCAAUAAAAUACAUUUACGUUUGUGGUUGUAACGUGACAAAAUGUGGAAAAGUUCAAGGGGUAUGAAAACUUUUGCAAGCCACUGUAUGUGUGUGUGUAUAUAUACACACACACUGAAUAUUUUCUGUUUCUGUUAUAUUCAAGUGAGACUGACUAUAAUUUUCAGGGCUCCACUGCAUCACCCUGUCCUCUCAUUAUCCACUCACCACCACAACCCAGUGCUUGGAAUCAAGAACUAGAGGACAUAGGUUUAAGGUGAAGGGGGAAAAUAUUUAAUAGGAAUCUGGGGGAUAACUUUUUUAUACAAAGUGCGGUGGCUAUAAGGAAUGAACUGCCAGAGGAGAUAAUUGAGGCAAUGUUUAAGAAGCAUAUAGACAGAUACAUGGAUAGUAUAUGUUUAGAGGGCUAUGGGCCAAACGCAGAGCAGGUGGGACUAGUAUAGAUGGGGCAUGUUAAGUGGCAUGGGCAAGUUGGGCUGAAUGGCGUGUUUCCACGCUAUUUGACUAUGACUCUAAUGCAUCCUUUCGGUAUCCAACUAUGACACAACUUCCCUGUACUUGUUGUGACCACAUUAGUGUCUGGUUAUUGGGUACUUCUAGCUAUUGCACCUCAGUCCCACAUCUUACUGGGAUCAUUGCUACUUUUAGAGAUUCUGCCAUGACACCCGGUUAGUUCAGUGUUUGGAAUGACUCUGGAAAUUUUACUUGGUUUAUGUCGACAUCCCCAAGAGAUAUUGCAAAUCAUAUUCCCCAUUCUAACAGUAAAUUAGACUAGAUUUACAAGUCUGGAAGAGAAUUGUUGACUGCCUUGUUACAGUUUGCUCUAGAGCCAUGCAGCACAGAAACGGGACCUUUGGCCCACCAAAUCCAUGUAGACCAUCAAGCAACCUCUUCAUUCAUUAAUUUUUUUUAAAUAUUUCCCUCGCAUUCUCUUAAAUUCCCCUCCUCCAUGCCAUGACUGUAUCACCUAUGUACACAACGAGAGCAAUUGGCAGUGGCCAAUUAACCUACCAACCCAUACAAGUCCAGGACAUGGUAAGAAAUUUGAGUACUCCGAUGAAACCCAUGCAAUCACAGGGAUAACACGGCCUCCAUACAGGAACACUUGAGGGCAGGAUCAAAGCUGCAUUUGCUGGAGCUGCCAGGCAGCAGCUCUACUGCAUGUGCCAUUGUGCCUUCCCCUGUGGAAAACUGACAAAUGUGCUCAUGGUUAUUGAGUUGUGCAUUUUGCUUGCAAAUGGAUUUCUGUUCAUUAGAUUUAUUUUCAAAAUAUUUUGUGUUUGGUUUAAGAAAGAAGAUGGUCGUCAGCUUUUAACAAAAUUGCUAAAUUGGGAGGAUUUUGAUGAAGAGAGAGAUUUAAAGCCGGGCAUUCUUCUUGACUAUCUGUAUAAUAUUAUUACAUUUACUGCCGAAAAAGGAUUUCCCUGGCCCAGUGUGGCAGUGGCAGCAGGCUUCUCGCAUGAAUUACUUUGUGAAACUAAAGGAAAAACUAUUCAGGAAGCUAUUGGAAAAUUGUGGGAUAAAUGUGAAAAAUACCAAAAUAAACUGAAUUCUAAUUACCUACAACAUUUAUCCAAUUAUUUACUCGUAACCUUCUUCAAACAUUAUCAUCUCUACCAGUUUGUACUGUGUGAAGUCAGAGAGGUUGAUCAAACCAUACAUGAGCUUGAGGUCCACGUACCCCAAGAAGUUCCACCUCUGAAGAAUGGAAUAGAUGUUGAGCUUUGGAACUACCAGCAACAGCUGGCUAAACUCAGUGAAGCCGAAGCUCAAUUACAGAAUGAUAUGUCAGUCUUUCGUGAAGCCAGACUGUUGAAAAAUGAACAAGAAAUGAACAAGUUUUAUAUGAACCUCAGAUUUCAAAAUAAAGAAAUUAUUGAAAAAACUGAUUUAGAAGAAAUUGUUAAAGCUGCUUACGAGAUUCAGAUGGCAGCAACUUCUGAAAUACUGCAAAAACAGAUUGAAACUGCAUUUCAGAUUCUAGAUUUAAAACUUCAGAAGAUAACUACACCCUUCCUAUCAUCCAAACUUCAACAAUCUUCAUCAAAGAAAUCUAAAGCUAGACCAUCAAGUAGAAAGAAAUAGACAGUUUUAACUAUUUCAUUUAUUAAUUUGAUUUAUUUAACAAGAAAUUAAAGUAGUCUUUAUAAAUGUAAAAAAAGCCUGACUUUUUUGUUUGAUUGUAAGUCAAUCAAAUCUAGAUGCUUCACACUUUAUUUUACCUUCCACAUUUGGGAAUCUUAUUAAUACAUAAUGCAUGAUGUAGAUGCUUCACCUUCACUGUUAUUCCUCUUAAUCAAAUGAUAAAUUUAUUAAAUAAUUAUUUUGAAGUAAUUUGUUCAUUUUUGGCAUCAGUGGCACAUAAGUGACUUGCCUUGAAAUGUAUUUUAUUGCCAGAGUCAUGCUCCUUUCAAUCCAUUUGUGCAGCAUUGUGAUGAUUUACCUUCACCCAGAUUUGAGCACUCUUGCCCAGGAAUUCAAUUACACAACUACAUCCUCCCACUCUCCGCCCUAGUGAUAUACAAUUGAAAAUGGAUAUUAAACCCUCGCCCAGGUCUGAAGCACAAUAAUGAUCAUUCUGUAUUACCUCCUUCAGUUGGGAAAUUUGAUUCGAUAUUUUCUUUAAUAAAUACUCCUUUGGGGAAUCGCAAAGGAAUCAGGACCAUGUUGGGCACUCCUAUGAAUGCAGUACAAAUCUAGGAGGCUUGCAAUGCAUAAUCCUGCACCAAUUCCCAUGCUUACUUCCACAAUUUCAAGUGCAUUGCUCAUCUCUCUCCAGAUUAGAAUUCCAUCUGAUACCAUGAUCCAUUAAGCAUAGUGCCUAUCUCCACCCAUAUGCCAAACUGAAUCCCAACUGUUCCCGAUUCACAAGCAAUAUGACUCCCAACUCAGUGCCAAUCAGGUCAUUUCUCUUGAUACCCCUGCCAGGUGCCUACCCCUGUCAUCCCAAACACUGACCAAAAACAAGCUAAACAGAAUGCCAGUUAAUUUUCUCACUGGACUCUCAUUAACACAUCCAUACUCUACAAUCCUCAAACAGAGCAUCAGUUUGCUCAUCACCAACCACUGCUCCAAUGGAAUGAUCACGGGAGGAGAGGACCGGGGAGCACAUUAUUUGCUUUUGAUGUCCAAAGAGUUAAUGGUGUAUGUUUGUAUUUUCAAAAUGUGCGCGGACCAACUAGCUAAAGUUUUUGCAGGCAUCUAUCUGCUUUAAAAGGGUAUCAAAAAUACUGGUGCCCAAGAAGAGUAAGAUGACAUGCCUCAGUAACUACUGACCAGUGGCACUAAUGUUAGUGGAAAAUGAAGUGCUUUGAUAGGUUGGUUAUGGCACAUAUCAACUCCUACAUGUCCAAGAAUCUGAACCCACUAGAAUUUGCCUACCACCACAAUACAUCAACGGAGGAUGCAAUUUCACUAGCUCUCCACUCUGUACUGGACCACUUGGACAAUACAAAUAAUGUUGUUCAGAGACUACAGCUUGACAUUCAACACCAUCAUCCCCUUCAAACUUGUCUGCAUCCCUUUGCAACUGGAUCCUCGACUUCCACAUUAACAUAACACAAUCAGUACGAAUUGGCAACAACACUUCCUCCUCGAUUACCAUCAGCACUGGGGCACCUCAGGGAUGUGUGCUCAGCCUCCUGUUCUCUUCACUCUUUAUCCAUAACUGUGUAGCUAGAUAUAGUUCCAACUCAAUCUUUAAAUUUGCCGAUGAUACCACAGUUGUUAGACGAAUUAUGGAUAAUGAUGAGUCAGAGUAUAGGAAAGAGAUCGAUCAUUUGACUGAAUAGUGCCAGAACAACAACCUUGCACUUAACAUCAACAAAACCAAGGAAUUAAUUGAUGGCUUUAAAAGAGGAAGGCCGAGGAUCCACAAACCUGUCUUCAUCGACGGGUGUCCUGGGUGUCCAUAUUUCUGAAGGUCUUUCCUGGACCCAGCACAUUCAUGCAAUCAUAAAGAAAGCCCAUCAAUGCCUUUACUUCCUUGAAAGAUUGAGGAGGUUUGGUAUGUCGACAAAUACUCUCUUGAACUUCUACUGGUGUACUGUAGAGAGCAUGUUAACUGGUUGCAUUAUGGCCUGGUUUACCAACACAAAUGCCCAGGAGCGAAGGAGAAUGCAAAAAGUGGUGAACACUGCCCAGUCCAUCACAGGUACUGAACUCCUCAUCAUCGAAGGGAACUAUGGAAGGCACAGCCUCAAAAAGGCAGUCAUCAUCAUCAAAGACCCACACCUGCCCAAGUUCUCAUUUCAUUCCUGCAAUUGGGAAGAAAGUAUAGGAGCCUGAAAACUGUAACGUCCAAGCUCAGGGACAGUUUCUUCCCAAAACCAUCUACCUUGCACAGGCUAUUUAACACCAUGACCUCCAACUAAACUCCAAAUUAUAACUGAAUUGAUUACAUUUCCUUUUGUUGUUUCUUAUGAUGUCUCCCGAGUACAUUUGCAUACAUGUUGUGCUGCUGCAAGUAAGAAUCUCAUUGUUCCAUUUCAUGACA